CCAAAGGAGACCAUCGCUUUUCGUUUCGUCUUCAAAUCCCACAGGGGGACAUGCCGUCAUCCUUCAAGGGGAUUCAUGGUAAAAUUGUUUAUAUCCUUGAAGCAAAGAUGUCCAGGAGCUGGCGGUGGCCCACUACAGUAAAAGAAGAGCUCAAAUUUGUUUCAAAAAAUCUUCUGCAUCUUGGCCAGGUAAUGUGUCCCCAGUCUGGUUCAGUGGACAAAGAGACGGGGGUUUUCUCCAAAAGAUUGGUCCAAAUGUCUGCUACCGUUGACAGGAAGUUCUGCUCUCCAGGUGACACAAUAUCUAUUGUUGCCCAAAUCAGCAACUCCUCUUCCAAAGAAAUGAAGCCCAAAUUCAGUUUAAAUCAGAAGGUAGUGUACCAUGCCAGUGGCUCCACUCAAACUGAUGACCAAUGUCUGUGCAAAAUAAUCGGAGAGGUUAUCACAGAGAAGUCAGAGAGAACUGUGACCUGCCAAAUGGAGAUUCCUCCUGAUGUCCUCUACGCUCUCCAUAACUGUGAACAUAUCUCAGUUGAACAUUACCUCAAGGUGUAUUUGGACAUCAGUUUUGCCUCUGACCCAGAGGUGGUGUUUCCACUGGGCAUCGUUCCUUCUAGCAUGGUCUCCCUUCAGCCUGAUGAGGCUGCGGGGCCUUACUCAGCAUGGGGUGCUGGAGCCCCAAGUUACAGCUACUUCCCUCCCCCUGCCGUCCCUAUGUGACCUUGUCCUAUAUCCCCUGGCUCAGGUGCUUAUGGAUACCCGGCACCAGAUCCCACUCAACAUGCAAGAGAUAGAUAGUUAAGUAGAGCAUUGUAUCAGUCACAGUGGGAAAUUUUACUGUUACAGCAGCUCAGAGUGUUGCAACAAAAUAUAGCCUACAAUAUUUACCAACAAUAUACAAUACUUGUAAUACUUCUGUAGU